AUGGCUUUGGGUAAAAACAUUUCUGGACUCUUCCAAAGGGCUGGCUAUUUAACCCUAAUCGCCCCCUUUUCUUAUCUGUUGAAUGGAAUCGUCGCCUGCAAUUUCUCUUCCUUUCUCAAAUCAAUACUUGCCUUCAUCUUUUCUGUUUACUUUCCUUUUUCAACCCCCUCUCUCUCUCUCUCUCUCUCUCUCUCUCUCUCUCUCUCUCUCUCACUGACCAACUCCUCUAUCAUUUUUAUCUUUAUCUCUCUUUCAUUUCUUUCCCCAUUUUCAUUUUUUAUAAUCCCCCCGACCUUCUUCUAUCACCCCUUCUCACAAACGUCAUUUGCUCCUCUUCCUCUUUAUCUCUUAAAUAAAAUUGCUUCUCUUUCUUGUCUCAUCUUAUAUUUCCCUCAUCAACUGGCUGUUCUUUCCCCCUUCAUCUUUCUUUCUUUCUUUCUUUUAUCCACUGGUUUAUUUUGUUUCGUGUCUUCUUUCAUCUCCAUUAAGUUUCUUUUACUUUUUUUCUCUCAUUGUCUCCAGUCCUUUCUUCUUCUUCUCCUCCUCCUCCUUGUUCUCCUCCUCCUUCGUCUUCCUUCUCUCGCUGCCUGUUCAUCUUCCCUCUUUUCAUUCCCCUAUUCUUAUUCUAUCUUCUUUUUAAAAUUUUCCUUUUUUUCUUCUUCACUUCUGUUUUUAACUACUCCCUCCCUUAUGCUGCUUCUCCUUUUCCCCUUCCUAGCACAUAUUUUCUACUCUCCCUCUUUUUGUUUUUACCUCUUCGUUUUCAAUCAAACUUCCAUUUCUCACUUUCUUUUUUGUUGCCAAUUGGGUUUUAAUUUCCUCCACAUUCUCAUGUGA